AUGCUCAAUGUUGAUGAAUCGCUGCGGCUGGCAAUCCGACUCAACGAUGUGGCCUUAGUCCGGCGACUUUUGGAACACCAUCCUCGGUACCUCCAUAACCCUGACUUUGCGGACAAGAGCAACACCUCAUUGCAUCUUGCUGCUCAGUAUGGCCUGGAGGAAAUUGCAGAACUUUUGAUAUCUUUGGGCCACGACAGCACUCAGCCGAUAACAGACUGGAUUUACAGCAACAAUGGCAACAACCUAGGCAUCUCGGUCAAUACGGACGGGCAGACACCAUUACACCUUGCCGCAGCCAACUCACAGGCCGCAGUCGUCGAGCUUCUCUGCAACCAUUUCCCUCGAACUGUUACCCGCCGGGACUACAAAGGACAGACUCCGCUUCAUCUCGCCUCAUCAUCCCAUACCCUGCCUGCUAGGAAGGGUCCCUUCGGCUCGAAACCCAUCGUUUCCCAGCCAGAAGAUAAUACUAGUAUCAAGACUCUGAUUGCACACGGAGCAGAUGUGAAUGCGCAGGAUGCCCAGGGGAACACAUGCUUGCACAACGCAAGUGCUUGGGGGAAUCUCAAGGCAGUGCGUGCGUUGAUCCAGGCCGGGGCUGACCCUCUCUGCAAAAACAAAGCCGGCUGGACACCCGAGUAUUACAGUAUCACUGUACAAGCGGAGGUGUACUUCAGGAACCUGGUGACACAGGCUUGGGUAUCAGCGUAG